CUUGGAAUUGGAAUACGAGAUAGAAGAAGCAUAUAAAGAGCAAUGGUCACCGCGUUUCAGUACUCGAAGCAUCCCAUCGACAUCCUCAAGUCCAAGUCCUCCGCAUCUUCAUCAACAGAUCCAGCUCUUCUGAACCCUCAAUCACCACCAUGAAGCUCAUCGCCACCAUCGCCCUCCUCGCCCUGAGCGUCGUCGCUCACCCUCAGGUUACCGGCCCACCGGCCCCUGAUCCCACCUGUGUCGUCGCCGACGCCGCUGCCGCCGUCCCCACCUGUGGUUCUAACUGCAUCAACUCCAUCGGCAUCUCCAGCCUCGGCUGCACCGCCUCCGACGACUACGGCUGCCUGUGCACGCAGAACGCGGCCUUCUACUCCGCCGGCGUGGCGGGCUGCGUCGCCUCCGCUUGCACCAACGUGACCGAGUCCGCGGCGGUGGCGCCGUCCGCGGCGGCCGUCUGCGCGUGCGCUGGGUUCCCCUAUACCGUCAGCGCGGUGCCGACCCCGGUGGCCACGCCUGCGACCGAUGGACAUGAGGCUAUGCCGGGACAUGAUCAUUGA